GAAACGAAGCUCUGCUGGCAUAUUUCACUCUGAUCGCCACCAUGAUUGGAAUCAUCACAGGUCUGAUUUUUUGUGUUGUUGUAUCCGGCAUGCCCAGAAUCAGGGUGGACCGGUCGAUUCCGUUGGAGAGAUUCACACUUCCGGAUAACGCGACGUCUAUCAGAGAGAACAUAGAUACAUCCUUUUCCUGCAACUCGAAACCUUACGGGUAUUAUGCGGACCCUGAAAACGAUUGCCAGCUUUUCCAUGUCUGCCUGCCAGUAGCUUUCGACGGACGGAGGAGUGAAACUUUUAUGUGGAGUUUUAUAUGCCCUCAGGAAACUGUUUUCAAUCAGGAGAGAUUCACCUGCGCCAGGCCCGAGGAUUCCAUACCGUGCCAGGAAUCGGCGAUGUUUUACAGCUUGAAUGAGAAAUUCGGUCAGAGCGAGUCGGAAGAAGAGACGCCCGUCGUUGACCAGGAAAUGGAAGCGAACAACAGCUUGGAAGAAGAGACGGCGAGGUGACGUACCGUACGUCAUUAGGCUUAAAUGUGUACAGCAAUUUAAACUUGUAGCGUUGUAUUAGCACUAAAAUAAGUUGUUUUUUUCUAAAAGUGUAUACGUGUUUUAUCAAACCUGUGUCAAUGAUCACUUAAAUGAUGAUUUAAAAGAUAAACGAUAUUUCUGUUAUUUUUUUAGUAUUUACAAAUUUAUAAUUUGUACUUAAGUCAAUGAUUGUGUGUUAUUGCUUUAUCUCUAAAUUUUCCCUACGCAUUUUGUUAUUUUUUGUGUGGUUUUUAUAGAUAAUUUUGUAAAAUGUACAAAUAAUUCUCUUUGAUUCUCUCCAUUAAUGCUGUCCAUUUAUUAUCUUCCUUUGAACUAAAUUUUAUAUAUCCCUGUUUUCGUGAGUUUCUAAGUUGCAGAUUCCUAGGAUUUUAUUGUUUGUAUUUUUAAAUAUUGAGGGACAAUUGCUUUUCUGACCUUUCAGUGUUGUAAAUUUGUGUCUAUGUGGACGAUUUUCUGAACUUACGAAAAUUGUACUUUUUAGACUUUUAUUGGA